AUGUGGUUCGACUCUGACAAUUAUUUGCACCCAUUCCUCUUCUCCGCAGUGUGGGCCCCAGCAGAUACUGAUCCAACGAGUUCCCCAAUUCUUCCAUUGGAACUUCUAUGUGAACUAAUUGAAAGUUUUGUUAACAGUCCCCCACUUGACCGGAGGGUCGCUGACCCUCUCGGAUUUCAAUCAUCGUACUACACUAUAAAGUACUCUUCCAAGGUACUCUUGAAUACUCCUCAAAGACAUUCUUCAUUCAACCUCCUAAACAACAACUCCAUAUCUCCUCAUCUUCAAGGCUAUGGCUACUAA